GGCGCGGGGCCGGGGCGCAGUCACUGCGCGGUCGCCGAGCGGGACGCAGGCAGAGCGGAGCACAGCCAGGGAGAGGCAGCCAGCGGCCGGCCGGGCGCCCGCGGACAUGUCCUUCCCGCAGCUGGGCUACCCGCAGUACCUGGGCGCCGCGGGGCCCGCAGCCUACGGCGGAGAGCGCCCCGGGGUGCUGAGCACCGCCGCCGCCUCGUCGGGCCGGGCCGGGGCGGCCGAGCUGGGCGCGGGCGCGGGCGCGGGCGCGGGGGUCACCUCGGUGCUGGGCAUGUACGCGGCGGCCGGGCCCUACGCGGGCGCCCCCAACUACAGCGCCUUCCUGCCCUACGCCGCCGACCUCAGCCUCUUCUCGCAGAUGGGCUCGCAGUACGAGAUCAAGGACAGCCCCGGGGUGCACCCGUCCAGCUUCGCGCACUCGGCGCCCGCCUACUACCCCUACGGCCAGUUCCAGUAUGGGGACCCCGGGCGGCCCAAGAACGCCACGCGCGAGAGCACGGCCACGCUCAAGGCCUGGCUCAACGAGCACCGCAAGAACCCCUACCCCACCAAGGGCGAGAAGAUCAUGCUGGCCAUCAUCACCAAGAUGACCCUCACGCAGGUGUCCACCUGGUUCGCCAACGCGCGCCGGCGCCUCAAGAAGGAGAACAAGGUGACCUGGGGCGCGCGCGGCAAGGACCCCGAGGAGGACGGCGCGCUGUUCGGCAGCGACACGGAGGGCGACGCCGAGAAGGCGGAGGACGACGAGGAGAUCGACCUGGAGAGCAUCGACAUCGACAAGAUGGACGAGCGCGACGGCGACCAGAGCAACGAGGACGACGAGGAAAAGGCGGAGGCGUCGCCCGGCCCGGCCGCCGCGCCGCCCCGGGCUCCCGCGGACCCCGCGCUCCGGCCGCCGCACUCGCCGCUUGGGACGCGCAGGGAGCCGGGCGACACCCGCCUGCGGAGCCCGGGGCCCGCGGCCGCCAAGCCGAAGAUCUGGUCGCUGGCCGAGACGGCCACCAGCCCCGACGGCGCGCCCAAGGCUUCGCCACCGCCGCCCGCCGGCCACCCCGCCUUCCUGCCCAGCCACGGACUGUACACCUGCCACAUCGGCAAGUUCUCGGGCUGGACGGGCGGCGCCUUCUUGGCGCAGGGCUCCCUGCUCAACGUGCGCUCCUUCCUGGGCGUGGGCGCGCCGCCCGCCCCGCACCUGCCCGCGCACCCGCACCCGCAGCCGCAGCCGCUGCCCCCCGCGGCCGCCGGGGUCCCGCUUGGCGACAAGGCCUCGGCCCGCAGCAGCCCUGCGCUCCCAGAGAGGGAGUUGGUCUCCAGGCCAGAGUCGCCCGCCCAGCAGCUCAAGGCGCCCCUCCAGCCUCUGCGCGACAACUCGCUGGUCCCGGCCGAGGGGGCGCCGCGGAUCCUGGCCGCCCUGCCCACUGCCUGAGCCGGGGACACUGGGGGUUUUGCGGGGGGAGGGGGGAAGCGGCGGGGGGAGGGGGAGGGAGGUGUUUCAGGAGGGGCUUGUCCCCUGCCGCCCGGGUCGCUGUCCCCCCGCCCCGUGCUUGUGUCUGUCUGUCCUAUCUGUAUAUAGAUUGAUUUCAGAUUGUACAUAGCGCGUCAGCAGACUUGUCUAAAUCAUAUAUUUUUGUCUAAUAAACUGUCGCCAAACGA